AUGAAAAUUAACAAGUUAUUGAUGAUUAUGAUAUCACUGAAGGACAUGCUCAUUCUUGCUACACAAUAUUUAUUUUUGUUCGCUGAUCCUGAACUUAAGAGUGACACUUUCAAGAUAAAGACAUAUUCAGAAAGUAAAUUAGGGAAAGAGGGACAACAUGCAUCCACCCCGGAGUCCAUUCCCCAUCCUGAAAUGGAUGGCUCUUCCAGCAAAUCUCCACAGUCAGCAACAGUUGCAGAGAUUGAAGUUCCAAAGCCUAAGGGUAGUAUCACUUGUGAUGAUAAGAGUAAAGACAAUGAUUUUCCCUAUGCAAGGCCAGUCGUCUGUAAGAUGUCCGGUGAUGUUCGGAUUGCUCCAGGAAGCUCAUCAGUCAUUCUCAGCAUGCCACUGUAUCAAAGUGCAGAAGGACGACGCGUUAGGCCAUAUGCUCGCCAUGAUGAUUCAUUGCCGCCUCUUGUGAGAGAAGUGGCCAUUAAAACAGUUGCAAAUGGAAGUGACGCUCCUGAAUGCAGCGUCGGACACGGCGACAUACCAGCAGUGGUCUUCUCGGUCGGCGGCUACACCAGAAACUUCUUCCACGACAUGUCGGACGUGCUGAUCCCACUGUACCUGACUGCCUUCCAGUUCAAAGGGCGGGUGCAGUUCUUCGUCACCGACUACAAGCAGUGGUGGCUCAAGAAGUAUAAACCGAUUCUACGGAGGCUGUCGCGCUACGACAUUGUCGAUUUCGACUCGAACAAUGAUGUGCACUGCUUCCACCAUGUGAUCCUUGGGCUGGUGAGGGACAGGGACCUGAUCCUUCGCCGACAUCCUACAAGAAACCCCAAGGGAUACUCCAUGGUAGGAUUCACAAGAUUCUUGCGCCACGCCUACGGUCUCCGACGUAACAGGCCAUUCGUCCUUGGCGAAAACCCCGGCAAGAAGCCGAGGAUGCUGAUCAUAUCUCGCCGAGGGACACGGAGGCUCCUGAACCUACACCGGGUGGAGGCCAUGGCGACGGCGCUAGGAUUCGACGUGACGGUCUCCGAGGCCGGUGGCAACAGCGUCAAGAGGUUCGCAGAGACGGUGAACUCUUGCGACGUGCUGGUGGCGGUCCACGGUGGAGGCCUGACUAACCAGAUGUUCCUCCCAGCGAAGGCUGUGGUGGUGCAGAUCGUGCCAUGGGGCGGGAUGGAGUGGAUGGCCACCAACUUUUACGGUGAGCCGGCGCGUGGCAUGGGCCUUCGGUACCUCGAGUACCAUGUCGCCGGAGAAGAGAGCAGCCUUGCACGGCGGUACCCGAGAGACCAUGCCGUGUUCAGGGACCCCAUGGCCAUCCAUGCGCAGGGGUGGAAGGCGCUGGCGGAGGUGGUGAUGACGCAGGACGUGAGGCUCGAUCUAGACAGGUUCACGCCGACACUCCUACGUGCCCUGGACCUUCUUCAAGAUUAA